AUGGAGCCCAAGCCCCCGCCGCCCGACCCCACCUCGCCCUCCUCGCCGCCGGCGACAGGCCCCGCUGUCGCCGCCUCUGAGGGUUCUCCGGCGGGCGGCGACGGCGGGGCGGAGGGCGACGAGGCGGGGGGUUUCAGCGCUGGGCUGGAGCCACUAUGGUCGCUCCUCUUCGGCGACCCAGCGGAGCUGGAGCCCAUGUGGUCGCCGCCGAGGGAGUUCGGUGUCGGCGCGGAAUUCGCCGCCCCGGACCCGGAGGCGGAGGCCGAUGUGGACGACGCGGAAGGGCCCUGGGACGGCGCGCCCUGGAGGUCCACCGGGGUCGUCGCCGGCGAGGGCCCGGCCACGUGCACGACGACGCUGCUGAACCCCACGCAGGCAGCCGGGUUCUCCGAGUUCUCGAUCGCCGCCUCCGAUACCACCACGGCAAUUUCCCAGGGAGUCGUGCUAGAGGUCAUGCCGAUUCAUUCCGGCCCCGAUUCUUAUUCACCGGUGCCGUCGCCAUCGUGCUCCCCAAUUCCGGUGGCUUUAGAGGAGCGUGCGCCUGUGGUGAUCCCCGGAUGGGAGCCUGCGCUGCCGCUAGCAGUGGCUUCUUCGGAAGCCAAACUAGAAGAGGGAACUCUCGAGUGCACCCUCAACUCAGUGCCUUCUUCAGAUCGUCCUGAUUUGGGGGCAGAGGACGGUCCUAAGGAUUGGUCCUCCUUACUGAAAGUUUCCUCAGGAUCCAUGCCAGUUAUUGAUAUGGCUGCGACGGAACGUCCUGGGGACAAUGCUGCUAACUGCAGUAUGUGUAAGUCAGAUAUGGCUACUGGAGAUGGCACACCGCUCCAAAGAUCUCCAAGGAUUGUGGCAAUCAAGACCAAAGCAGAUGUCGCAUCUUUGGAACAGGAAAUAGAAUCAUCUAGAGCUUCCAAGCACCGCCUAGCAGUUUCUCGGCAGAGCAGCAUUAGCGAAGGGAGCCAACAACCUGUAUGUGCUAGGUUAUUUGAGGAGACCACUGUUGCUUCAGGAAAACCAGUUCGCUUGAUCAAUGGGGUCAAGCCGCAAGGAUCACCAGAGAUUAUUGCCAUACACAGCUCCUCUACCGAUGUUGUGGUGGCUUUACCAGUGGUGAGUAAAAGGUCCUUGAAGAAUAAAGUAGUGUCAAUCAAGACCAAAGCAAAUGCCACAUCUUUGGAACAGGAAAUAGAAUCAUCUAGAGCUUCCAAGCACUGCCUAGCGGUUUCUCAGCAGAGCAGCAUUAGCGAUGGGAGCCAACAACCUGUAUCUGCUAGGUUAUUUGAGGAGACCACUGUUGCUUCAGGAAAGCCAGUCCACUUUCCCGAUGGGGUCAAGCCGCAAGGAUCACCAGAGAAUGUUGCCAUACACAGCUCCUCUACCGAUGUUGUGGUGGCUUUACCAGUGGUGAGUAAAAGGUCCUUGAAGAAUAAAGUAGUGUCGUCUUCUCCAAGGAAGACUAGAUCAUCCUCAAAGGUGGUGGUGAAUUCCAACAGGGUAUCAGCUGUUUCGCCAGUGAUGAAUUGUGUGCCUGCUGUGCAUAAAGCCAGUUCUAGUAUACCUCCUAGGAAGCAUAAGCUUGCUUCUGAGAAGUGCUUGCCCAAUUUGGAGAGAGUGGAUGCUGUGUUACACAACUCUGGAUUAAUGAGUGCUAACAAAGCGGUCCAUGGGAUGCCCCUAGAGGUAGAGGCAGCAUCAUCUCAACCUCCAAAGGCAAAGCAGCCCAGGAUAUCCUUAGGGAAAUGUUCAUUGAGUUUGAAGAGGACAGAGAACAGUAGUAGCUCAAUCUGUGAACUACCAAUGGUCACAGUGACCUCAGCUCCGGAGGAUAAACCGACCUCAGCUCCAGAGAAUAAACCAUUGGAUACUCACUGUACUGAUUCUGAAAUGGUGGAUAGCAUGGAUGGUUCCUAUUUCUUUGUGGGUGAUGCAGUGCCUGAUGAGGAGGCUCAGAAGAGAUGGCCUCACCGCUACCGGAGCAAUCAUUGCCUUCUGAAGAAGGAUAAGAGGAGCAAUACCCAAACAGUUUCCAAUGCUGGCAAGGCUGUCGUGGAUGUCAAAUGCCACUAUUUGGAAGCUAGUAUAUGUGGCUCAACUUUAUGUAUUGGGGAUUGCGCAUUUAUUAAGGGUCUAGAAGGAAAACCACAUUAUAUAGGCAGGUUAUUAGAGUUUUUUGAAACAACUGCUGAUGAAUAUUACUUCACUGUGCAGUGGUUUUUCAGAUCUGAAGACACAGUCAUGGAAGACCAAGCACAGUCUCAUGACCCAAGGAGGCUCUUUUACUCAGACAUGAAGGAUGACAAUUUACUAGACUGCAUUGUUUCUAAAGUUACCAUUGUGCCAGUUUCUCUAAGUCUAAAUGAAAAGUCUUGGUCAAUUCCUUCAUUCCACUAUUACUAUGACAUGAAGUACUCUCUGGACUAUAGUACAUUUUCUACCAUGGAAAUGGGAGAUCCAAAUGACACGUUACAUUCACAUUACACUAGUAGCAACAAUGUGAAAAGGAAUGAUUUCACUGAAAAGCAGAAGUCUCCCACACCAGAGAUGAGGGAGCUUUCCCUGUUAGAUCUGUAUUGUGGUUGUGGGGGAAUGUCUACUGGUCUUUGUCUUGGGGCUCGUGUUGGUGGUGUGAAUCUUGUAGCGAGAUGGGCUGUUGAUGGCGAUGAAGUGGCAUGUGAAAGCUUCAGGCUAAAUCAUCCAGGAACUCGGGUCCGAAACGAAACCACCAACGAUUUCCUUGAGUUGUUGAAGGAAUGGGAUAAGCUAUGCAAAACCUAUGUGAAGCCCUGCAGUAAAGUAAAGUCUCAUUCCAACGUUCCAACACAAUCCAGUAAUGGAACUCCAGAUUGUUCUACAUUUUCUACUGAAGAAUUCGAAGUAUGGAAGCUAGUUGAUAUUUGCUUCGGUGAUCCAAAUGGUGUCAGAAAGCGUGGCUUAUACUUGAAGGUCCGCUGGAAAGGUUAUGGCCCUAAUGAUGACACAUGGGAGCCAAUGGAAGGGUUAAAGAACUGCAAAGAUGCAAUUAGGGAUUUUGUUAUUGAAGGGCAUAAGAAAAAGAUCUUACCAAUUCCUGGUGAUGUGGAUGUCAUAUGUGGAGGACCACCAUGCCAAGGCAUUAGUGGCUACAACCGCAAUAGAGAAUUUGAUGCACCAUUCAACUGUGAGAGAAAUAAGCAGAUCAUUGUCUUCAUGGAUGUAAUACAAUUUUUGAAGCCCAAAUACAUUUAUAUGGAAAAUGUCCUUGAUAUACUGAAGUUUGCUGAUGCAACACUUGCAAGAUAUGCUCUAAGUCGGCUAGUUGCUAUGCAUUAUCAAGCAAAACUAGGGAUCAUGGCUGCUGGAUGUUAUGGCCUCCCACAAUUCCGAAUGCGUGUCUUUUUGGUGGGCUGUCAUCCAAAGGAGAAAUUACCCCCAUUUCCUCUGCCUACUCAUGAGGCAAUUGUGAAGAAUGGUUGCCCCUUGGCUUUUGAGCGUAAUUUGGUUGGAUGGCCCGACAGCAUGCCAAUGCAACUAGAAAAACCAAUUGUUCUCGAAGAUGCUCUAUCUGAUCUUCCAGAAGUGGAGAAUGGAGAAAAACGAGAAGAAAUGCUAUAUGUGAAGGGACCUCAAACGGAAUUCCAAAGAUAUAUUCGGUCAUUUAAUUCUGAAGUGAUUGGAUCCAAAGCUCAUGUCACAAAAGUUUCUAAGUCAAAAUUGUAUGACCAUCGACCAAGGGCACUGGAUGAUGAUAACUACUUAAGAGUACUGCAGAUUCCCAAGAAAAAGGGAGCUAAUUUUAGAGACCUUCCAGGAGUCAUAGUAGGUCCUGACAACAUAGCUAGAUUAGAUCCAACUAAGGAGAGAAUACUAUUGCCAUCUGGUAAUCCUCUGGUGAUUGAUUGUGUCCUAACCUACGAGAAUGGUAAAUCCUUAAGACCAUAUGGUAGACUCUGGUGGGAUGAGGUAGUGGGAACUGUGCUGACAUGUCCAAAUGCUCGCAUUCAGGCCUUAAUACAUCCUGCACAAGACAGACUGCUAACUAUUCGUGAAAGCGCUCGUUUGCAAGGUUUUCCUGACAGCUUCAGGUUUCGUGGAACAGUCAAAGACAGAUACCGCCAGAUUGGAAAUGCAGUGGCUGUACCUGUCGGUCGUGCACUUGGGUAUGCCCUGGCCAUGGCCUAUCUGAACAAGACUGGAGAUGACCCUCUCAUGGUGCUUCCACCCAAGUUUGCAUUCUCUCAUGAUGUACAAGGUCUUUCAAGUGUGAACGGUCUUCAUGGCAGGCCCAUUGGUUGA